GUUUACAAGAACGUUUGUGAUUGGCGUCUCAUCAAUGCUUAACAGUUUUCUAUUGGAUGGAUGUAGUGUAACGACUUCGAAUUAAUGGUGCAUGUUAUGGCGUGUAUUCUUGAGGAGACACAGAACUUGUCACAAGCAUUUCAAAAGCACGGUGUGAAAUGGCUAAGGAGGCGAGUUCAUGUGAUUUCAGCAAGCUCACUGGUGAAACGUCACUCCAUGGAAUUCGAUUCAUUGGGAAUAAGGAAAUUGCAACUACAAGAAGGUGUUUGUGGAUUAUUUUGGUAUCAUCGUCAAUUUUAAUCCUGUCAUUUACACUGUACUUGAGUAUAUCAAAGUACUACAGUUUUCCUGUUACGACGGUAAUUUCAAUCUAUCCUAACAAAAUGAUAGCUUUCCCGGCUGUAACAUUCUGUAACUACAACCAAAUCCGGGCGUCGAAAUUGUCAGAAGAAGAGAAGUACUUUUUUGACCAUUUUCGUGAAAGUUCGUUCAAUAUUACACCAUACAACAAUUUAAACUUCACUGAAAUGUUGUACAAGUUAAGCCAUCCAAUUGAAGAUAUCCUCGUACAUUGUCUGUGGCAAUUUUAUUACCCGUGUGGGCCAGAAAAUUUCACCACUCAUUUGUACGACUUCGGCGUAUGCUAUACGUUCAAUGGCAACAGCAAUAGACCACUGAAUAUCGUCAAUGCGGGCUCAAGAAGCGGAUUAAAACUACAGAUCGACAUAAAUCAGACAGAAUGCACUGACGCGACAGACGAAGCGGCUGGGAUCAAGAUGUUGAUACAUCCACAAGACGAGCAUCCAUUGGUAACAACGUACGGGUUUUCUAUUGCUCCUGGAUUUUUAACCCAAAUUGCUUUAACUGGUGUUUAUAUUAAAAAUCUCCCGGAUCCGUAUCCUUCUAACUGUACAAACAAACCACUUAAGUACUCAAAUGUUUAUACAGAGGCACUCUGUAUUGACGAAUGUAAAUCCGAAUAUGUGGCUGAAAAGUGCGGUUGUAGACAUUCAACUAUGCUAGGCGAUGUUCCAGAAUGCUCCCCCGAGGAUGCAAUUAAAUGCGCAUACUAUGAGGAUGUAAAAUUCUUCAGUGCCGGCGAUGCACAUUGUGAUUGCCCGAUUGCAUGUAAGCAAAUGUUCUACAACAAACGUGUGUCAUCGGCAGCUUGGCCCUCAAAGACUAAAGCAGAGAAGAUGCAGGCUGAACAUGGUUACACUGCGGAAUAUAUAAGUGAAAACUUGCUUGAAGUUGCCAUCUACUUUGAAGAACUAAGUUUUCAGGUAACUGAAGAAGUAGCCGCAUACUCAAGACUACAGUUGUUUUCUGAAAUCGGUGGCAACAUGGGUCUGCUAUGCGGCAUGAGCAUUAUCACUGUCAUCGAAUUUCUGGAAUUUGGAAUCAUUGCUGCGAUUCAGCGUUUUUGUCGUGGAAAAAAUAACAAAGUUACCAAUCCCAUCAAUGUAUCUACAACUAAAUAGUAGAGCCACACAUAUACGUGUGAAGCUACAUUUUUGUGGUCAGUGUAUUAUAGUUAAAAACUUUUUAAUUUAUGAACUUGUAAGUUUCUAUCGAAAAACUUUCUCAUUUUUGUAAAUUUACCGAGAAAAAAAAAUACUAUUUAAAUUUCAAUGUAUGCUUGCAAAAUUAAAUGCAGGGAAGCGAAGGAAGGUGGUUAAAAGUAUGUUGACCUAUGUACAGCUUUUUUUUUAUGAUUCUUUUUAUUUAAGCAUCGUUAUUAAAAUGGUAUAACUAAGCCAGUAUUUUAGGUCCAAUAUUAAUAGAUUUAUAAUUACUUUGAUAGACACUUUAAAGAUGCAUUAAUAUAGGUAUCUAGGACAUUAAUGCUUCUCUAUAAUUGGAACUGAUUACAUACCUACUUAAUUGAAUACUAGAGAUUGGAAGGGCUUGUAAAGUAUGGUAGUUUAGAUUUGGUAUCUUAAGACAUCAUUAACUAAAUUUGAUAUUAAUAAUUAUUAAAGCAAGUUGCUUUUUUAUUGGCAUAAGGGGAAAUUGAAUAAAAAUAAAAACUAGCAUUAAUUUUAAA